AAUCACUCGCAGUCAGACAGUUCGCUCGGUUAUUCUGCUUUUCUCAUUUCAUCGGUUACGCAUCUGCUCAGUUUACUCAGUCUAGGCUGCUGCCGACUGAGUAGAGCGAUAUGCCUCAAUUCAAGGAUGAGCAUGUUCUGCUCAUUGCGCCGGGCUCUCAAACUACACUCGCGCAAUUAGGCUUACCUGAAUCAUUUACUCCUGCCAGUCACCGGUUCCCCACGCGCAUGUUCCCCGCCGAAAAGAAAGGCGAGUAUGAGCCGUUCAAAAUUCGCGAGAAAAAGAAACCAGCUACAUCUACGAGCCAAAAUACCAAUGGACAGGAGAAGCCUGAUGUUGAAAUGACAGAGGCACCCAAACAGGAGGAAGGUGCGGAGACUGCAAAUGAUUCUACAGAAGAGAAAAACCCAGGGACGAGUAACGCCGCGCCUGCUGAAGGAACGAAUGGAAAUGGGGGGGCGGAAACGAACUCAGAAGAGGCCGAGCCCAAAGAAGAAACAUUCCUGGAAGAAGAUAUAAUUUCUGACGAGGGAGCCAUAUAUCCUAUACAAAAUGGACAUAUCGUUGACUGGCCUUGUUUCUUGGCCUUGCUCGAACAUGUAUACAAUACACUCAGUCCACCGUUUCACACCCCGGUCCUGAUCAUAUCCGAACCAGCUUGGACAGCACGUGAUCGCGAAAUUCUGACACAGUUCAUCUUUGAGAAAUUCAAACCACCUGCUUUCUGUCUCAUGGACUCAGCGCUCGCGGCUUGCUAUGCCUAUGGCACGGUUACUGCGACGGUUGUUGAUGUCGGCUACGGCAAGGCAAAUGUCACUGCUGUUCUGGAGUCUGUGGUUCAAGAUCAGGGUCGCGGAAUUGCUCUAGAAGGCUGUGGUGGAGAAACGAUGACGGAUCGAUUGGAGGAGCUUCUGAAACCUAAAGGAUUCACGAGAGAAAUGUGCGAACAGCUGAAGCGCAGUAAUAUUACAGAAAUUCUUCCGCCAGGGACCCCGUUACCUGGGUCUACUGGUACUUCCAGCAAUCAAAACGGUGCCAACCCAGCUGCUGCUGCUUCCACAGGUUCGAGUGAAGCAAACAAUGCGUCCAAGCUUCCACGAGGACCUGGUCGUGGAACACAAACUGAGAACAAUGAAAACGGUGAUGAUGAUGAAGGCGUACUCGAUGUUGCCGCCAUUAUUACCAGUGGUAAUACAACAGAGUUCCUAGCCAAGCGUGAAAAGGAAAAAGCGGUUUCUGGGCCGGGGAAAAAGGGCGGUGCUGAUGCAAAUAAGCCUACGCGUUUACCAAACUCCAAGCGUGAAACUGCUACAUUCCAGUUUGAGGAAUUUGUGCGAAUAGAGGAUUCGGUUCAGUAUGUACGGCAAAGACGAGAAAUUGAGGUUGGGCCUGAGCGGUUCUUGCUUGCAAGUCCUGGAAAAGACAGGAUGGAACGGGGUAGUGGUGGAAUAUUGGAGGAUUUGGCUGCCCAGAUUCAUCAUACUAUUUUGGCUGUUCCGGAUGCUGCGAAACGUAGUGAUUUGUGGGAUAAUCUGAUCAUUAUUGGGAACGGGAGCCGCAUUCGUGGUUUCGUCCCGGCUUUACUCUCUACAAUCACGCAAAAAUACAUCCUGUCACCAUCGGCAGGUAUCUUCACCUCUGAGAUCCCCUCGAAUAUAUCCACUCCAAUGGCUACCGGCACAACCACCCCUGCAAACCUUGGAAGCCAAACGCCCAACCCUCUCCCUUACCCUGCCGCGCACGGAGUCAACCCAUUACUUGUUGCGGCAACACACGCCAACACACCAGGCAUGCAGGAAAAUCAAGCCUAUCUCGCCAUGUCAAGCAUGCACCGCUCCACGGGACACUCGCAAACACCCACAUCAGUAAAAACGGUCAAACCGCCCGAUUACUUCCCCGAAUGGAAAGAUCAAGGCGGCAGCAAUGCGCCAGGUGCUACAGGUGCAGGCGGUACAAACACGACAUCUGCAAAUCCGGCGGGAGCACCGCGUCCGGGGAUGGAAGAGUCGGUGUUCUUGGGAGCUCAGAUUGCGGCCAAGAUCGUUUUUGUUAAUGAUAGUCAGGGUCAAUAUAAGGGGUAUUUACCGCGAGCCGAGUAUAAUGACAAUGGGCCGUCGGCUAUUCAUGAGUGGCGAAGUAAGCACGUGCCACACCCGAAUAUCUACCAUCGCAACUCAUACAAAUCCAACUUCUCAACUUGCAAACCUCCCAACAACCCGAAAAACAACAAAAUGCCUCGUGCCGAAGCAGGAUCUACCAAAGCAAUCAGCAACAAACUGAAGUCUCGCGGGCUAACAAGACUUAGGUGGUAUUGCCAGCCCUGUGAAAAGGCCUGUCGCGACGAGAAUGGCUUCAAAUGCCACGUUCAAAGCGAAUCGCACGUUCGACAAAUGCUCCUGAUCGGCGAAAACUCCAAAGCAGCAAUAGACAAAUACUCGGCCGAGUUUCUGAAAGAGUUUAUCGAUUUAUUGCGUACAAGCCAUGGGGAGAAGAAAGUCCACAUCAACCACUUCUAUCAGCAGGUUAUCAGCAACAAGAGUCAUACGCAUAUGAAUGCGACGAAAUGGACUAGUUUGACGCAGUUUGCAGCUUAUUUGGGUCGGGAGGGGAUUGCGAGGGUUGAAGAGACGGAGAAGGGGUUGUUUAUUAGUUGGAUUGAUAAUCGGCCUGAGACGUUGAGAAGGAGGGAGGCUGUUAUGAAGAAGGAGAGGCAGGAUAGGGGCGAUGAGGAGAGGGAGCAGAGGCAGAUUCAGGAACAGGUUGAGAGGGCGCGGAAGGCUGAAUUGGCUAAAGCUGCUGCUGAUAAAAGUGCUGGUGCUGGGGCUGGAAGCAGUGGGGAGGAAUCGGAGGAGAAAACAGCGGGGAUAUUGGAGAGGAAGGAAGGUGAAAAGGUUAAGCUUAGUUUUGGAGCGAAACCUGCUAUGCCUACGUCUUCGGGUGAGGAUAAGGCUGAAGAGAAAUCUGAAGAGAAGCCGGAAGGCCCUGCAAAGACUGCAAUAUCGUUCUCUUCCUCGACAUCGAAACCGAAAAACGUGUUUUCGUUAGCGAAACCCAACGCCGUCAAACCAUCGAAUGCAUUCGCGAGCGUCAAGAAGUCGACAUUUGUGCCACAGCAGCAAAAGAUUUCGCAACAGGAGAUGAUCAUGAGGAAGGAGAUGGAGGCGAUGGAACAGAAGAAGCGCAAGUUUGGUGGGAAUGUAUUUGAUGCGGGGAAGAAACAGAGGGUCUCUUGAUUCAUCUCAGAAGAGAAGAUGCAUUAUUUACACAUCACGAGCAUGACACUUGUCUAACCACACAAAGCCGUGUCCGGUCCAACAGGAGGGAUUCAGGGCUUGAGCGGAGUCGCCACCAGUCUAGAUUCGAAUCUCUCAUCAUGCCGAGGCACCUCGAGCUCCAUACGAUCUUGACUUGAGAGUCGAGACAUGCGCAAGAAACUCCACUACGGGUCUCCACUAUAGGUCUUUUACAUAUGAAUAGCCUAUCUGCUAGAUGAUCAUGAUAGAAUCAAAAAGAUUA